UAUCUCAUGAUCAUGUCAGCAUUGACGCAACUCUCAGGUCUUCAUGAUUUCUUCCGUUGACAAGGCAACAUGACUUAAGAGUUGGCGUGGAAAUAAUGCACGCGCCUUAAAACCGGAACAGUAUUUAAACAUAAACAGUAUUCGAACAGAAAACAUCGGAAAUUACUUUAUCAAAGUAAUAGUUCAAGAUAGAAGAUACAGUUUGAAGAAAAUACAUCAAACAAAAACAAAUAGAUAAUUGAAAAAAACUAAAAACAUAAAGUAUAUCACAAUGAUGACUUUUUUACAUUGUGGGAUUAUUUUGUCGUGUGUUUUCGCGAUUCUGGUCAAAGGACAACAAUACAACAUGGACCCCAACCUUGUCGCUAAUAUGAUGGCCGGUCACAUGCGCACGGCACAGGAAACAGCGGAAUGGCGCGCCAGAGGCUUCAACUCGGACCAGAUCGACGACAUUAUGGCAGAACCGCCGCACAUGCGCCCGAUGGAGGCGGCUCGGCAGUCUGCACAGAGCACGUUCAUGUCGGCGAUGCUUGGAGGAGCAGCUCAUGCCGGAAAUGUCGCCUAUGGAGGUGCAGCUGGGGCGGAUCCAAACCGGCAUGGUACAGCAGGAGCGCAGGGAGGCGCGUAUGCAGCCGGACUGGCCGCCGGAAUGAUGAACCCUAUAGGAAACGGUGCCAAUGGCGGUUUCUCUAACGGUGCAGGUGCCAACACUCAUGCCGGAAGUGUCGCCCCGGGAGGCGAAAUGGGGGCGUGGCUAGGAAUGAAUCUGUUUGGAGGGUCAGGGGCUACUGGAGGAGCGGAUACAGCCGGACUGGCCGCGGGAAUGACGAGUCAUAUGGAACCCGGACGCCAUUUUGUACCAGGAAACAGUGGCGGUCUCUCUAACGGUGCAGGUACCAACACUCAUGCCGGAAGUGUCGCCCCGGGAGGCGACAUGGGGGCGUGGCUAGGAAUGAAUCCGUUUGGAGGGCCAGGGGCUACGGGAGGCGCGGAUACAGCCGGACUGGCCGCGGGAAUGAUGAGCCAUAUGGAACCCGAACGUCAUUUUGUACCAGGCGGAAGUACCAGUGGCGCUCUCUCUAACGGUGCUGGUGCCGUCGUUCAGUCCGGAAGUGGCGCCCAGGGAAGUCCAGCGGGGGCAGGGCAUGACCUGCUGGGAGGGAUAGGGGCUACGGGACGCGCUGAUUCAACCGUACUGGCAGCGGGUAUGAUGAACCCUACGGGAUCUGGAAGUUCGUUUUUACCAGGCAUGGACGCUAACCUUAUGGCCACUAUGAUGGCCGGUCACAUGCGCACGGCACAGGAAACAGCGGAAUGGCGCGCCAGAGGCUUCAACUCGGACCAGAUCGACGACAUUAUGGCAGAACCGCCGCACAUGCGCCCGAUGGAGGCGGCUCGGCAGUCUGCACAGAGCACGUUCAUGUCGGCGAUGCUUGGUGGAACAGUGGGCGCUCAGAACGCAGGACCCGGCGGACUUAAUAUGUAUCAACCCAACCCACAGCAAGGCUGAUAAAAACAAUACAGUUACCAGACCCAAAAAGGGCUUGUCGACUUAUAAAUUUUAAUUUCGUAUUUAUGUCUGAAUGAUUUUAAGCCUUAAACCGAGACCAAAUUACAUUGGAAAUGUUUAUUUUGAAAACAUGAACAGUUUAAAGCAAGCACACAUUUGUAAAACAUCUGAAAGUGUCGAAGGGUCCCCAUAAAUACAAGGGUAUUUUGCUUUUUUAAAAUGAAAGUGAAUGUUUCAUAUUUACCUUAAAGGGAUCUUUUCACGGUUUGGUAAAUUGACAACAUCGAAAAAAGUUGUUUUAGAUUCGCAAAUGUUCGGUUUAGUUAUGAUAUUUGUGAGGAAACAGUUUUACUGAACAUUUACCAUGGUCUAAUAUAGCCAUUAUAUGCAUCUUUUGACGAUUUAAAAACCUAAAAAAUUAUCAAGCGUUGCUACGCGCAACGAUUGAAUAAUUUGGAGAGUUCUGUUGUUGUCGUUUAAAUUUGUAAAACUACGAAGAUGGCUUGUAUAAGGUAUAAAAUACGCAUCUUAUGUAUGCUUGGCAGGAUAGCUCAGUUGGUUAAUGCGUUUUUACUUUUUACUUAUCAUGUUUUGAAGUUUGUCAUUAAAUGCUUUAUAUUGAUAAAUGUAAACAUUAAAGUUUAAAAGCUCCAGUAAAAAAUCGAAAAUAAAAUUUAAAAAAGAAAAAAAGGUAGCCCGCAGCAGGGCUCGAACCAGUGACCCCCGGAAUCCUGAAGUAAAAACGCAAUAGUCAACUGAGCUAUCCUGCCAAGCAUACAUAAUAUGCGUAUUUUAUA